UGAACACGUGACUCUGACAACAGACGACCUCUCUGUGCUAGCUAGAGGAAGCUAACCGGGGGUUGGGCUCGAUGCUAACACUUCCAGAUUGCAGUUAACAUUUCUCACCGUCAUGGACCAGACUAAACAAGAAGAGGAAUAUGGCUACGACUUAUUCCCGGAAAGGAACAGCCCGAAGUACAAGAAGGGAUCCUUCGCGGAGAAUCUGUUCACGUUCAACCACAAGUGUCAGAUCAUGUUGCAGGUCGCGACGGAUACCAGUCCAUAUGCCAAACUCCUCCUCAGUGCCAUGAAAAGCUCCGGAUGCAAAAUAUUUAAAGACCGACAUUUUUCCUGUGAAGACUGUGACGGGACCGUCAGCGGAGGCUUCGAUGCAGCUUCUUCUCAAAUCGUUUUAUGCCAGAACAACAUCCACCAGCAGUCCCACAUGACCCGAGUGGUCACACAUGAGCUCAUCCACGCCUUCGAUCACUGCCGGGCCCACGUGGACUGGUUCAACAACUACAGACACCUCGCUUGUUCUGAGAUCCGGGCAGCUAACCUCAGUGGCGACUGCUCCUUUAGCAACGAAGUAGCCAGAUUAAACUUCGGCUUGAAGGAGCAUCAUCAGGAAUGCGUCAGAGGCCGCGCCCUCCGCUCCAUCCUGGCUGUGAGGAAAAUUAGCCGAGUGGAGGCGGAGAAAAUAGUGGACGAGGUCUUCGACACGUGCUUCAACGACCACGCGCCCUUUGGACGAAUCCCGCACAGCAACAAGGACGCCAAGUUUGCCAACAGAGAAUACGAGAGCAGAGAUCGAUACUACGCAAACCUAUAGUGCCGCGACUUUUCUCAUGUCAGUCCCGAGGCUGCUGGGACUGCCGGCGAUGCUGACAAGAGCUGGGCAGCGUCCGGGCCUCGGUCAGUGUGAUCGCCU